AUGGACGGAUGGGCAGAGCAGGAACAUAGCGGCUACGGCUUGCAAAGUCCAUUAUCGCUUUAUAAGUAUACGAAAUUUCGGGCCUCACCUCGUGGAGACCCCGUUUUACAGCAGCUCAAUAACCAGAAGGGCAUUUUUGCUCUUUCCAAGUCGUCAGUUACAUUCAACACCCCUCGAGGUCUCAAUAAUGCUUGCUUGACGCUGCUGCUGUUCAGUGGGGAUGAGAAGAAGAGCUUCGGUGACUUGUCCUGUAUGACGCUGGCUUAUGCUACGUCAACCGAUAUUAUCGUGGGUGGAAAGAGGUCCUUGAUGAAAGUCGACGUCAACAAGCCUUCCAUUGUUCAGCAGUACAAUCAUGACAAGGAGCUUCUGUUUGUCAAUCACCUGUCUAAGUUGCUUGCCUUGGGAAACACGUCAGGAUCAGUGGACCUCUUUGAUACUUCCUCCAACGAAGUAGUGAAGAGUUUGUCGGGCCAUAGCGGGCUCCUCUCCGACCUUGAUGUGAAAGGAAACUAUAUUGCGACAUGUGGCUACUCGGCCCGCCCUAAAAGGUACGGUUCUUCAUCCGCUUCAUAUGUGGUCGACCCGUUGGUUAACAUCUACGACUUGAGAAUGAUGCGUGCUGUCUCGCCAAUUCCUUUCCCCGCUGGCGCUAGCUUUGCCAAGUUUUACCCAAAGUUGCCCAACAUUGUGGUAAUUGCAUCCACGACUGGUCAGAUCCAGUUUGUCGACAUGUACGACCAACUGCAAGUGCAUUUGUAUCAGGCAGACUUGUCCAUGCCCAACAACGCCAGCAGCGUGGCUGCCACAACGUCCUCCUAUAUGAUCAACUUGGAUGUGAGUGACAACGGUGAAUUUCUCGCUUUCAGUGAUGGCCAUAACACUAUGAGCCUCUGGGGAAUCAAUUCUGGAAAUAGCGGAAACUUCGUCAACUAUCCUACUUCAUUAGACCUUCCAGAAGUCACCUCACAGCCAAGUGCUAAUUCCGUGGGAUUGGACGAACCCUACCCGCUCAAUUCUGUUGGAAUGCCAUAUUACAAGGAGUUCCUCACAUCGUACUUCCCGGCUGAGAUGAUCUUCACCAAGGAGCUUCUGAAAACCCCAAUCAAGAUUGACCAAGAGCUUCUUGACUUGAGUGAACGAAAUCCUGGUAAGAUCCUUCCAUAUGACACAUCCAAAUAUGGUCCCCGCAAUGUUGUGAGGGAUGACGAAGAAGAUCACACUAAGGCACCGGAGAAGGACAGAAGCAUCAAUUUGAAGCAAGCUCUUGUACCCAAGUUUAUCAGUGAAAGAAGCGCCACCGCGUCCCCUCUACCGAGAGAUGCAGACAUCGGCUCUCCUAGCACGAGCUCAAUAGCCUCAUUCCAAGAACCUCAGACGCCGAGCGAUAACCAAAAGCAUCUUCAAGCGUCAGCGUUCGAAGACCAAAAUCAUGACAAGACCAUUUUCCAGUAUAAAUCACCUUAUGCAAAUCAAGUCCCCUCAUGUUACAGCAGACUUGAAAUCCAGUACUCGAGAUUCGGUGUUGAUGAUUUUGAUUUCGACUACUACAAUCAAACAGGUGGACUCUUUUGUGGUCUUGAAAAUCAUUUGGAUAACUCCUACGCCAACUCUUUAAUCCAGAUAUACAGGUUCCUGCCAAUCUUUUACAGCGUUGUCACUGGCGCUCUUCUCGAAGAAUGGCUUCCGAACUCCACAGAGGUCCUCAUUAACCAGGAGAAUCCUCAAGGCUCUUCUGUACUCAAUGAACUUGGGUAUUUGUUCGACAUGAUGCAUAAAGCAGAGGGAAGAAACGUCAGCAUAAAUAACUUUUCCCUGAUUCUUAACGAGAGCCCUAUUGCAAAAGCUCAUGGGCUUAUAAUCAAGGAUGAUGGCAAAUCUCUUAAUGCUCGAGAAUUGCAAAAAUUGAUGAUCACUUUCAACAAGUUCCUCGUGGAGUCUGUUGUCAAUGACUAUGCCAAGCAGUUCAAUCUUUAUCUUCAAGACAUGACAUCAAUGCAUUAUGAACUCAACAUCUUCACAAACAAGGGUGAACAUAUAGAGAGACAAACAGGGAGUCAAGCGACACUUGACUUGAUGACGCCGCCUAUUAAUAUCGUCAACAGGCUAGGUGGUGGCACAUACACCCCACCACAGGCUUCAUUGACCAAAAGGAAUUACACUUUGCUCAAUUAUCUAGAGUACUCAUUGAACCAGAGCAAGGUGUUACCUCCUUCCAACCUGAACCCAUUCCCCUUGGAUGUGAAGCAGACUUUAACGAAAUUGGGCCCACUCUUGCUGAUCAACAUUCCUUUCAGCGCUCAAGAGUAUGAGCUCCUAAGGCAUUACAAAAAGUGGCUCGUGCCAGAGUUCUACACCACUUUGAACAACAACAAGGUUAAUUUCAAGCCCGUCGUUACCCAUUUGAACCAAGAGACAGAUAAGUAUGAGCUUCUUGGAUACUCGUGUCAAAUCAAUCAUGACGCUAAUACGACCCCUGGAAAGCACAACAUGAUAUCGUAUAUUAAGAUCAAGUCACCCGCCUCAGGCAAAGAUCAAUGGUUUUUGUUCAAUGACUUUUUGGUAAUGACUGUGCCAGAAGAUGAAGUAUUCAAUCUUUCCUACAGCUGGAAGAAGCCCGUCGUGUUGGUCUACCAUAAUGUUGAAAACCCCCACAACCAAAAUUUCUCCUACUAUGAGAUUGAGUUCUUCCGUUCCAUAAAGCGCCUUGAUGACUCGAUCUUAUACAGAGACCAUUUUGCAUGCGGCAUAAGAGAGGGCUUCAAGAAAGAGUAUGAGCUCUUGACGAGAGAGGAAGCACCAGAGGUCGGUACCCUCGUUGCUCUCGAUGCCGAGUUUGUCUCUCUUAAACCUGAGGUGGCAGAGGUCAGAUGUCCCUCUAAGAAGCGCAUUGUUCGUCCAAAGGUGCUCUCAUUGGCACGUAUUUCAGCACUUCGGGGAGACAAGAAUGGUAACGGUGUUCCUUUUAUUGAUGAUUACAUUGUCCACACAAAACCAAUCUUCGAUAAUCUCACUGAAUUCUCAGGUAUCGAGGAAGGUGAUCUUGAUCCAAACAGAUCUACAAAGACUCUCGUGACUCUACAGACUGCUUAUAGAAGACUCUGGCUUCUAUUGAAUUUGGGCUGUACUUUUGUGGGUCAUGGCCUCAAGAGUGAUUUCAGAUGCAUCAACCUUCAGGUGCCCAAAUCUCAAAUCCGUGAUACGAUUGAGCUCUUCUAUUUGGCGGACUUCAAGAGAAAAUUGAGUCUUAAGUUCUUAGCAUACGCUGUACUUCACCAAUCAGUGCAGACAAGUAAUCACGACUCAAUUGAGGACGCCAAGACAGCACUUUUGUUAUACCAAAAAUACUUGGAUCUCAAAUCCAAGGACGCCUUUGAGAGGACUUUGAACAAUGUCUACAACAAGGGAUACAAUCUCCGUUUCAAGGUGCCAGACCUGGAGUAUUAG